AUGUCCCGUUUUGAUUUUGCCCCUCCCCAUACGUUAUUCAGCCUGAUGGGCGAAACGGAAAUUUCAGACGCGGAGACUCCUCUCAUUCCGGUACCGCAUGAUCUUCCUCAUUUUCCUCACAAGGAGUCCUAUCCACUGUCCGAAACGUAUCGGGAUUUGCUCAGUCUGGCCGACCGGUUUCUUCGACCUCGUGGUCGACUGGUAUUCUGGAUGCCGGUCAAACGACAGCCUGAUUUCGGGUUAGAUCAACUUCCCACACAUCCCCGGUUGAGGUUGCUUGCGGCCUGCGAACAGAUUUUGAACGGUCGAAAUUCUCGAUAUAUGUUGGCCAUGGAAAAACUACUCCCGACAGACCCGGACGNGCUUUUUCGUGAUCAGUUGCAUCGCUUAUCUUGA